AUGUCUACCUGUAUAUUGACUGUCUCCCAGGAGAUAGUGGGUGCCACCAAGCUCUUUUUACCGGCGAUGUGUCGAGAACGUGUCCAACGUAGUCGAUCCUACCUUUCUCCCCAAGCCUCUGAAAGGUCUCCCCCACGCCGGUCUUUCCAGUUCAGUUUCGCGGCGGAAGGCGGCCUCGCAGCGUCGCCAUGGGAUCCCAUGUAUAUUCCUUCCGACUUACCGACGCCAGGAGGAGGCUAUGCGAUGUCCUCAACAUUCCAGGCGACUGGCGAGGACGUCCUGGGCGGGAACCUUCCUCUUUUCUCCAACGGUGAUUCCCAGGAGUGGCCUGUAGCGUCAUCCGUCUCGCUUGGGGAUGGGGGACAUCUUCAAGAUACACAGAUCGUUUCAUCGUCGACUGGAUUACCCCAUGUACCUCCCUCCGACCUCACCGCCCCUUCGUCGUCCGUAGCUCGUCACCUGCCUACCGCCGUCGCCACCGCAAGCAGAUCAUCCGUAGCUCAGCGAUCGCACACGCAGGCUCCCAACGCUGUUGCCGGUCCCUCGCGAUCCGUCCCCGUCGUUCCGAGAGAGACGACAUUCGAGGUCGAGGCCUCUACGGUGACGCAGCUUCGAAGGAGCGGCAGGAAGCGGCACACCACCACCACCAGCUACGCUGAGGACGCCGUGCAUGCUCCGCCCCCUGCGAAGAAGCGGAAGGUCUCUGGUGGAAAGACAGCGCAGCCUUCUCCAGCGCCGAGUACCGCGUCGACGUCGGGGUCAGCUUCAGGGCAGAAGGCAGUAAAGCACAAUCGUGACUCUCGUCGGCCUCGCGAGGAGGUCGACGCGUUACUCGUCCCGGAUUCCCCGGACGUUGCGUGCCCUGCAGAGGACUGCACCGAGAUGUUGAACGCGUCCCGUCGCGCAAGCAAGCAAUUUGGCGCACCUGAGCACGCACUACUCAAGUGCCUCCGGUGCCCCGAGCAGAACAAGCUCGUUCCGGGGAACAUGAUGGUCGACCACGUUGCGCAGGAGAAUCUUCGGGCGAGGUACCGCUCCCCAUACUGUUACAAGGAGGGCGUGCUUUGCACGAAGACGUUCAAGAAGACGGGCUACACAAACAAGCACAUGCUGAAAGUCCACAAAGCGCCUAACUGGAGCUCCGAGUUCGUCUUUACUCUCGCAAAGCCGUCGCAGUAUUCAAUGCUGUGA